AUGGGCGUUGAAGAAUAUACAUCAUAUGGAUGGAUGUACAAGUUGGGGGCUUUGGACAAGCAACAGUUCCAUUUUCGAUCUGUUGUGCUUUCUGGAAGGCGGUGGAUGGCAAAAAACAACAAGUACGCCUCUAUUAACUUCAACCACAUCUACGAGAAAACCACAGCGACCAACCCUCAUAAUCGGAACCCUUCUCAUUCCCCUUCCCCUUCCUCAUCCUCCUACUCCUCCGCCUCCUAUUCCGCCGUCUCCGCCCCCAACAAAACCCAUGGCCGCAUCCUCGUCCUAACCCGACCCACCCCCAAACCCAUCACGCCUCCCACCCCGCAGCCCCACCACCCGCCACCCAGCCCGAUCCACCACACCCAGUCCCGCUCCGAGCCGGGAUCGGACUCCAUCUCGCUCCGUCCACUCGGUCGAACCGGGACCACUUCGUCGCUCUCGUCGCUCCCUGUUCUCAACCACGACAUCAAGGACUUGCCAUCUCCGCAGCCCAAGACCGACAAGUUCGUGCCGCCGCACCUCCGGCCCGGGUUCGUGCCCAGGGAGGAGACUCCACCUGGGCCGGACUCGCUUCGGCCCAACGGGCGGCCCAAGUCUGGGGGUGGGCAAGAAAGGAUGAGAAGGGGUGGACCUGAUGCGGGGAUCAUGGGCCGCAGGAGUCGGCCCAGUUCCAGUGGAUGUGCACUUUGUCUCUCUGGAACUCUCAAAUCACUGAAAACGAAAACUGACCAGGUGGCAGAUUUUCAACACAUAACGUCUCAACUUUUAGCCAAAUUUGCUGUGCUCGUAGAAGGCUCUAACACCCAAGUUCUUGUGCUGGUGUUUGACCCUCUUUUAACACGUGCCAAUAGUGUAGAAUCUAAAUACAUAUUUUCAAUUCCUGGCUAA